AUGCGUUUCUCUGAGCAGCUGAGGGGUCGGUCUAUUCACGAGCGGCUAGGGCCGCAGGUCGGUUUCCAGCAUAACAGAGAGACAGGGGCUUUUCACACCCCUCCUGGUUUACCUCAGGGAGCGAGGUAUGGCCACGCAUUCAACCCCCCUCAGUUCCCCCCCAAUGGUGGGGAAGGCCCUACCAUGUUUGUUCCCACGACCGGGGGGACGGCUCCCGGUCCGCAGCCCUAUGGGGGGGCCCCAGUUAUUGCAGGAUAUGACCCCCUCCAGGCUCUUGAGCAGCGCCUCCAGGCAACUCUGACCAGUUCCAUCCAGGGGGGCAUUCGUGAAUACAUGCAAGCCCCGGGACACGGGGCACCGCCUCAGACAGCUCCCCCGGUUCUCAUUCGCCCGGAGGCGCGCUAUGGCGCGCCGCCCGGGGUGGCACCCCCGGCGGCACACUUUCCCCCGCAGGUUCCUGGUGCGACGCUGGGGGGCAUUCCACCCCCCCCGUUUGCACCUCCCCCGGCCUACCCCGUACAGACAGCACUCCCCCCGGCCGCCUUCUACUUCGGCGGUCCUGCCCCGGCUCCGCCGACAUCGGCGGGCCCCUUCCCACGUACGGGCUUCGACUACGCCCGGCUGAGCCAAGUGACAGCUCCCAUGCCCACGGGGCCUCGUCAGAGUACGUUCCCCGGUCACUUCGUCCCAGUCCAGCCACCUAAGCCGUUGCUGGUUGACGAUUUUCUGACGGUUAAUGCUGCAAAUGCGCAGUGGACAACCGGGGCACCGUUUGACAUUCUGUGCCCCAUGCGAAUGGCGCAUUUCGCGGCUAUGGCUGCCGCCAGGGUGAAUAAACCGGGUCAGCCAUUUCUUGAGACAGGGACCGGUACAAGGCGCUCGGCGGGUACUGCACGUGGCCCACGGGGCCCUCGCUACGACCGGUGCUUCACGUGGUUCAACACCGGGGCUUGCGCCAACGGCGCGGCCUGCCUAUACGUCAAAGGCCACAAACCCUGCCCCUGCGGCGACACCCGGGUACAUGCCCCUGGAGCCUGCCCCAACAAUCCCAACCGCCGUGCCGACGGCCCGGCCGCCAACAACAACCCGGACCACGCAGGAUAA